AUUUAGUUUUGUGAAUAGCAACAAAAUACCUAGGGAGGGGUUGAAUGAGUGGUUUUCCACCAUUGAGAAACUUUGGAGCUUUGCUUUCAAGUCUUAGAUGCAAUCUCCUCUCUUUCUUCUUAGAUUGUAAGUUUUACUCUUGAAUAUGAGUCAGUAAAUUUUCUGUUAUGUUGGGAUUAAGUUAGUUAUUUAUGAUCUUAAUGUAAUAAUACCUCUAAAAAUUAGAGACAAAAAUAUAUAUUUUUAAUGUUGAAAUAAGAUACAUCUAAAAAUAUAAGUUGACCAUGCUUAGUAGUUUGGUCUAAAUUCUUACACACACAACACAACCCACAUAAACAAAAGUUAAUUAAAAUAUAGAAUUGGCCGCACCACACCUUAAUAAUUUGUUGUGCCGUGAAUCAAUAAUCAUCAAUCAAUCAAUCAAAAAGGAAGAUUUGUGUGCGGCGGUGAAGUAUGGCUUCUCAGAUACUAAGACGAACCCUCGGAAGCCGCUAUCUCUCAAACCCUAGAGCCUUCUCUUCCGCAUCCACUCCGAUCCGUGCCACUCUUUUCCCCGGAGAUGGUAUUGGUCCCGAGAUCGCCGAAUCCGUCAAACAGGUAUUCCAAGCUGCUGAUGUUCCAAUUGAAUGGGAAGAGCAUUAUGUAGGAACCGAAAUUGACCCCAGAACACAGAGCUUUCUUACAUGGGAAAGUUUAGAAUCGGUAAGGAGAAAUAGGGUUGGCUUGAAAGGGCCAAUGGCCACCCCUAUUGGAAAAGGGCAUCGUUCAUUAAACCUUACUCUAAGAAAAGAACUUAAUUUAUAUGCCAAUGUCCGACCUUGUUACAGCCUUCCUGGCUACAAAACUCGUUAUGAUAAUGUAGAUCUCGUCACAAUCCGUGAAAAUACGGAAGGCGAGUACAGUGGACUUGAACAUCAGGUUGUGAGGGGUGUAGUAGAAAGCCUCAAAAUCAUUACACGUCAAGCAAGUUUAAGAGUUGCUGAAUAUGCUUUUCACUAUGCCAAGGCACAUGGAAGAGAGAGGGUGUCUGCUAUACACAAAGCCAACAUUAUGCAAAAGACUGAUGGUCUUUUCCUUAAGUGUUGUCGUGAGGUUGCAGAGAAAUAUCCAGAAAUACAAUAUGAGGAAGUUGUCAUUGAUAAUUGCUGCAUGAUGCUUGUGAAGAAUCCUGGGCUUUUUGAUGUAUUGGUGAUGCCUAACCUUUAUGGUGAUAUAAUCAGCGAUCUUUGUGCUGGCUUGAUUGGAGGAUUAGGCUUGACACCCAGCUGCAACAUUGGUGAGGGAGGUAUUGCACUUGCUGAGGCUGUACAUGGUUCAGCACCUGAUAUUGCUGGGAAGAAUUUGGCAAAUCCAACAGCUUUGCUAUUGAGUUCUGUUACAAUGUUGCGCCAUUUGGAUCUCCAUGAUAAAGCAGAAAGUAUUCAGAAUGCAAUCCUCAACACAAUUGCAGAAGGGAAGUACCGAACUGCUGAUCUUGGUGGCACUUCAAAGACAACUGAAUUUACAAAAGCAAUCAUUGAUCAUCUUUGAUAUUUGCUCUGAAGUCGGCAAGGAAUUGUUAAUUAUGAUUUUAUUUCAGUUAAUUUCAUUUUAUUCCCCCAAUUUUCCAGAGGAGUGGGAUUACCUCGUUUAAAUGGAUAAAGCAUCUACGUGUGUGACAUUACAACCAAAGUAGAAAUGCGCAAGCAUUCAAAUAUUUGCUGCCUACCGUUUGUCUUAGGCAUUGAGAGGGGUUCUUUCAAACUGCACAUUUAUUGAUAACCCUGACAGUCUAUUUUAAUAUUCUUUGUCAAUAUUAUAGUUAAAUAAUGGAAGUACCAGAUGGUGUUUCAUUCCAUCAUAUGAUUAUCACUAUUUGUGCUGGCUUUUUGUUUU